AGACUUUUGUUUUGCGAUUUUGUCUGUUUCUUACUAGCGGUAGUAGUACUUUAUAAAAUUCUCUCUCUCAAUCAUGAUGCCCUUCAUCUACUGAUCUCUCUCUCGAGCUCCGUUUUUUCCACAACCCCCACUCAGUGGAGUGGCUCCACUCCCCGCCUUCGGAGCAAUUACCAUUGCCCUUUCACCACAAUUCACCAAACCUUCAAAGUCUCAUCAAAUUCUUCUUCUUUUUUCCUUCUGGUUAAUAAUUCGUAUCAAAUAUUAAGAUCUUUUGGACUAGUCUCUUCCGAAGGAUUUGUUUCCAAAGAUGUAAUUUAUCACUCCCGGCCUUCGCCAAUUGUAACCCGUUUGCAGGAAUCAACUGCUUAUGCUAAGAGGAAAAGGAAAAUGGCGACGAUCAUCAUUGUUGUCUUAUGCACAGUUCUUGGGAUGAUUAUGGCUGGCAUGGCUGGGUACUAUAUUUGUCAGUUGAGGAAGGCAACAGCUAAAGCUCGACAAGAAAAAAGUUUCUCCAUUGGUUCCAAGGAGGAAAGUCAGCAGCAUGACCUUGAUUUACCUGUUUUUGAUCUGGGCACCAUUUUUUCUGCCACUGACAAAUUCUCUUUUGGAAAUAAGAUAGGAGAAGGUGGUUUUGGCCCUGUUUAUAAGGGUGAAUUGCCUAAUGGGCAAGAAAUAGCAGUGAAGAGGCUUUCACAGAGUUCUGGGCAAGGCAUAAAAGAGUUUAAGAAUGAAGUUAAUAUGAUUGCCAAACUUCAACACCGCAACCUUGUUAAGCUCCUCGGAUGCUGCAUUCAAGGAGAAGAAAGGAUGCUAAUUUAUGAGUUCCUGCCUAACAAGAGCUUGGACAACUUCAUAUUCGAUCAAACCAGAAGGAAGCUGCUACCAUGGAAAAAGCGCUUCGACAUCAUUAUUGGAAUUUCACGAGGACUGCUUUAUCUUCAUGAAGACUCGAGAUUGAGAAUCAUUCACAGAGAUCUCAAAGCAAGUAACAUCUUACUUGACAACGAGAUGAACCCCAAAAUUUCUGACUUUGGUAUAGCAAGAAUAUUCGGAGGCGACCAAACGGAGGAAAAGACAAGAAAAAUAAUGGGAACUUAUGGUUAUAUGUCUCCAGAAUAUGCAAUGAGCGGUCACUUCUCUGUGAAGUCGGAUGUCUUUAGCUUUGGUGUUCUAGUGUUGGAGAUAAUAAGUGGCAAGAAGAAUUGGGGAUUUUACCACCCUGAACACGACCUCAACCUUAUAGGAUAUGCAUGGAAAUUGUGGAAUGAAGAGAGACCUCUGGAACUAAUGGAUAAGGAGUUGGAGUCGUCGAUUUCCGCGGAUGAAGUGGUGAGAUGCAUUCAAGUGGCCCUUUUAUGUGUACAACAGCGCAUGGAAGACAGGCCUACAAUGUCCUCUGUAGUUUUUAUGCUGAGUAAUGAAAGUGCAGUGCCUCAAAACCCCAAAGAACCAGGUUUUUGCAUUGCAAGCUUUUCCCUGAAGAUCGAAUCUUCGUCAAGUGGACAAACUACUAGCACUGCUAAUGAUGUAACCAUUACAGAACUGACCGGGCGAUAAGGUUUUGGAUUUGUUCCUAUAUUUGUACAGUUAUUAAUAUUCCUUCUGUUAAGAAGAGAACUAAUAAAAAAGUGCAUUUUGGUUUUGAGGUUCUAUAUGAAAGAACAGCAGUAUGGCGCCACUGUAACAUAGCUCCUAUUUGGUUUUCAGUAUGUUACAAGAAGCCUUGUAAGAAUUUUGAGUUGCUUGGAAACUAAUUUUUAAGCCUGCUAAA